GGCAAUUUCGUAACUGCCUAUGCGCGCGUAGGCCUGGGCGAGGGGCGGGCGUUUGUUAGUCCGGAGGCAGUCCUGGCCGCGGUGGUGCCGCGGGACUCGGGGCCAUGUGACCCGGGAUUGGUUCCCGGAGCCGCCUGCCAGCCAAGCCCGCCCCCGCCAGCCCAGGCUCGCUCUCGCACCCCGCUCCUCGGCAUCGUUGCGAGCUUGCUGCGGACCCGCGAAGGCGAACAUGGCUCCUCUCGGCGCGCUAGCCGGGCCCACCAGCUGACUACAGUAAUGAGUCGGUGCCCUAGCAACCUCCAAAGUUGCCAAAACAAAGGGGAUUUUGUCAUGGAGGCUUUGUUGGAAGGAAUGCAAAAUCGGACACGUGGUGGGGGAUUUUUGACAUCCUGUGAAGCAGAACUACAGGAGCUCAUGAAACAGAUCGACAUAAUGGUGGCCCACAAAAAAUCUGAAUGGGAAGGACAGACACAUGCUCUAGAAACUUGCUUGGGUGUCCGUGAGCGGGAACUUAAGGCUCUUAGGAGUCAGUUGGAUAUGAAACACAAAGAGGUUGGAAUGUUGCGUGAGCAGCUAGAAGAACAUGAGAAGGUCAAGCAAGAAAUGGCCGUGGAAUAUAAGCAGGAGCUGAAGAAACUACAUGAAGAAUUAGGCAGACUGAAGAGAAGCUAUGAAAAGCUACAGAAAAAGCAAAUAAGGGACUCAAGAGGAAGCACCAAAAAUCACAGGGAGGACCGGUCUGAAAUUGAGAGGUUGACUGGAAAAAUAGAGGAAUUUCGUCAGAAAUCCCUGGACUGGGAGAAGCAACGCUUGAUUUAUCAGCAACAGGUAUCUUCUCUAGAGGCACAAAGGAAGGCUCUGGCUGAACAAUCAGAGAUAUUUCAGGCUCAGCUUGCCAAUCGGAAACAGAAAUUAGAGUCUUUGGAGCUGUCUAGUCAGUCGGAAAUUCAGCAUCUUAGCAGUCAGUUGGAACGGGCUAAUGACACUAUCUGUGCCAAUGAGUUGGAAAUAGAGCGCCUCACCAUGAGGGUCAAUGACUUGGUUGGAACCAAUAUGACUGUUCUGCAGGAACAGCAGCGAAAAGAUGAAGAAUUGAAAGAAUCUGAAAAACUGUUAGAGGUUCUGCAAGAAGAGAAGAGAGAAUUGAAGGCAACACUUCAAUCUCAAGAAAAUUUCAUCCGUGAAACACAAAUUCAGAAGGAGAAGCUACAAGCAAAAAUAAAGGCAACUGACACGCAACACGUAGAAGUCUUAAGGUCACUGGAAGAGUCUCAGGCAGAAAGGAGGUACUCCUCUCAAGAGCAGGGGGACUUAGAAAAUGUGCUCUCCCAGUUGGAUUUCACCCACAGUAGUGAAGAACUGCUGCAGGCAGAGGUGAUUCGUCUUGAAGGCAGCUUGGAAUCUGUGAGUACAACAUGUAAACAGCUGAGUCAAGAACUAAUGGAAAAAUAUGAAGAAUUGAAGAAGAUGGAAGGACAUAACAAUGAGUACAGGACAGAGAUUAAAAAUUUGAAAGAACAGAUUUUACAGGCUGAACAGAGUUACAGUUCUGCAUUAGAAGGAAUGAAGAUGGAAAUCUCCCAGCUAACUCGGGAAUUGCAUCAGCGAGAUAUCACUAUUGCUUCUGCCAAAGGUUCUUCCUCAGACAUGGAAAAGCAACUCAAAGCAGAAAUACAAAAAGCAGAAGAAAAAGCAGUAGAGCACAAGGAGAUUUUGGAUCAGCUGGAGUCACUCAAGUUAGAAAAUCAUCAUCUUUCUGAAACGGUGAUGAAAUUGGAAUUGGGUUUACACGAGGCAAAAGAGAUUUCUCUAGCAGACCUCCAGGAGAAUUAUAUUGAGGCAUUAAAUAAAUUAGUUUCUGAAAAUCAGCAACUACAGAAAGAGUUGAUGGAUACCAAAUCUAAGCUGGAGAUUUCUACUCAAACGUGCCCCCCAAAAUGUGACGGGAUCUUUAAAUCGGCACACAGCAGAGCAGCAGAGUUCAAGAAUACAGAGUUCAAGCCCACCCAUGGCGAACGCAGACAUGAUGGAAUAAAGACUGAGCACUACAAAGCAGGUCUUCAGUCUCCAAGAAAAGGAGUGUCAGAUAGCAUAGACCCUAUCUCCAGGGUUCUUAGCCCCCUGACUCCUCACAUCAGCCCUUGCAGCUCCACCAUCUCUUUGCCUUCUAACUUUAUGUGUAAAACUGACUCUUUGCCUUCAAUGUUAGAUGCAAAUGAAGCCAAUUUUUCUGAGACUAUGUCUGACAGUGUAAAUGACCAAGAAGAGUUAAUAUCUUUGUGUCCCUUGCCUAUGUCUCCCCUUGGUACAAUAGCUACAAGAUUUUUAGAAGAGGAGGAACUGAGGUCUCUCCAUAUUCUAGAGCGCCUGGAUGCCCACAUUGAAGAACUAAAAAGGGAGAGUGAAAAGACAGUGAAACAGUUCACAGCCAGCCUUUAGGUAACCUUUUAAAAAUCACAAACUUGGAUAUAAGAAUAAACACCAAAGAGUUACUGUCAUCUGAUGUAGCAGCUCUUUAAAAACAUGUACAUAUAAAAAUUAAAAAGAUGCUUCAUACUAAUGCAGUUGUGAAGAAAUGUGAAAAAUUGAUAGGCAUUUUCACUGCACUAGUUUUAACGAACUCCUUCCAACAGUAACUUGUGAAAUAAACCAUUUUGCUAGA